AUGAGAAACAUAUUGAAGCUGAAGUCAAUCAACUGUGAUGCUAAUGAGAAAUUUUUUUUUUCAAAAAAUUUUUUAUUCAUAAAAAAUAGAUCAUCAAAAUUUAAUACUUCAGGUAAAAUACUAGGAAACAAUAUAAUUAAUAAUAAUGAAAAUAUAAUAAAAAAAAGACAAUCAUUAAACAACAUAUUGAAAAAAAGUAUCUUUACGGAAAAUAAAAUUAAAAAUAAUAUUAAUGAAGAAUAUCCUAUAAAUAAAAAUUUAAAUGAUGUAAAUGAAAAUUUUGAUAAUCAUUUAAAUGAAGAUUUUGAUAAUGAUCAUAAAGAAAAUAUCACUAGUAAUGAAAAAAAAAAGGCAUUUAAUGAUGAGUCUGAUAACUUAAACAAUAAUUUCCAAAAUCAUGACAUGUUCGACGAAAAUUUGAAUAACGACGAUUUAAAUGAAAAUUUCAAAAGUUACAAAAAUUUUGAUAGAAAUGAAAUAAAAAGGAAUUAUACUGGUGAAAAUGGAUUCAUUAAUAACAAAAAUAAAAGGUAUAAUAAUUAUGAAAAGAGAAGAAAAUAUAAUAAUUCAUAUAAAGAAGAUGGCGAACAAAUAUCAAAUUAUUCUAGAAAUUUAAAUAAUUCUGAUAGGUAUUCAAGUUUAGGAAAUAAUUUAAAAGAUAUUGAAUGGAAUAAAGUAAAAGUUAAAGUAGAAAGAAAAAAUUUAUACAAUGAUAAUAAUAAUAAUUUAAAGAAUUUGUCAAAUGAAGAAUUGCAAAACGAAUUAAAAAAAAAUAAUAUAUUUGUAAAUAAAGAUUUAUUAAUCAACAAUUUCAUAACUAAAUUUUCUGAUUUAAAUUUUCAUGAAUCAAUAUUAAAUUAUUUGAAUAGUAAAUUUAAUGAGCCAACAGCCAUUCAAAAAAUUACUUGGCCAAUAGCUUUAUCAGGAAAGGAUUUAAUUGGUGUUGCUGAAACAGGAAGUGGUAAAACUCUAGCAUAUGUUUUACCAUGUCUCAUGCAUAUAUUAAAACACAAACAAGUAGAGUUAGACAAAAAAAAAUUAGAUUCGAAGGAAAAUGAGGCAGAAGAAAAAGAGGAAUAUAAUAUAUCACAAAUUAAUAAAAACAAUUUAAGUCAUGAUUUAGAAAAUGAUAUGGGAAGUGGAUAUGAGGAUAAUAAUACAUAUGGAUUAAUAUUAUUACCAACAAGAGAAUUAUGUAUGCAAGUACUAGAUGAAAUAAAAAUUUUUGAAAGAUCUUUGAAUUUAAAAAGUGUUGCAGUAUAUGGAGGAGUACCAAAAUAUUUUCAAAUUAAUAAUUUAAAAAAGGGAGCAGAUAUCAUUGUUGCUACACCAGGAAGACUCUUAGAUUUUUUAGAAAAUGGCAUAAUUAAUUUAUUAAAAAGUAUUUAUGUUGUUAUUGAUGAAGCAGAUAGAUUGCUAGAUAUGGGUUUCGAAAAACAACUAAGAAAAAUAAUGACACAAGUUAAUAAAAAUAAGCAAUUAUUAUUUUUGACGGCUACAUGGCCUGAGCAAGUCAGGAAAUUAGCAUAUGAUUUUUGCUCAUUUGAUCCAAUAAAAAUUCAAAUUGGUAAAAAUGAAUUAACAGCAAAUAAAAAUAUUGAGCAAGAUGUAAUAGUUAGUUCAUCAAUUGAUUUGAAAAAAAAGUUAUUAGAUUGGUUAAAAGAAAAUUAUGAAAAUAACAAAAUAUUAAUAUUUUGUGAUACAAAGAGAAAUUGUGAUAAUUUAUGUAGAGAAUUACGAUACCAUCAAUACAAUGCAUUAUCUAUUCAUGGUGAUAAGCAGCAAAGAGAAAGAGAUAGAAUAUUAAAUAAUUACAAAAGUGAUAGAUGUAAUAUAUUAGUUGCAACUGAUGUAGCUUCAAGAGGAUUAGAUAUUAAAAAUAUUUCUAUUGUUAUUAAUUAUGAUAUACCAAAUACUAUAGAAGAUUAUAUACAUAGAAUUGGGCGAACAGGAAGGGCAGGAAAGAAAGGAAAAUCAAUUUUAUUCUUUUCUUAUGAUUAUUACGUACCUCAAAAACUAAAGUUUGCAAAAGAACUAAUUAAAUUAUUAAAUAAAACUAGUCAGCCUGUACCUGACCAACUUAAGGAAAUCGCAUAUUCUAGAUAA